CUUCAUGUUUUUAAGUAAGUUUUUGAGUAAAUGAUUGCUGCGGAAACAAGGAGACAAGUUAAUUAAUUAAAAGAGGUAGCCAAGUAAGCGGCAGGAUGCCUAAAGAACAAUACCGUGAAUCUUAUGUUGGAAGAAGAAUUUCCCAUGUGACGUUUAACGUAGACAGCCCGGCGGAGAUCCAGCAGGCGGCACACAUCCAGGUCAUCACCAAGAACCUCUAUGCACAGGAUGGGCAGCGAGUGCCAGCCAGCUAUGGUGUUUUGGAUAGGAGAAUGGGUACAAAUCAAAAAGAUGCAAACUGUGAGACUUGUGGUCUGGGCCUGUCGGACUGUGUGGGUCACUAUGGUUACAUAGAGCUGGCCUUGCCUGUCUUCCAUGUAGGCUACUUCCGCUCCAUCAUUACAAUACUACAGACUAUUUGCAAGACCUGUGCAAAAGUAAUGCUGCCAGAUGUUAUAAAAAGGUCAUUUCGUCGUAGAUUUUUGAACCCUGAAUUAACAUAUUUACACAAAAAGAACCUCCGGGCUGCUGUGCUGAAAAAAGCCAAAACUUGCACCAAGUGUCCAUCAUGCGAUGCCCUGAAUGGUAUUGUUAAGAAGAGUGCUGGAGGAAUACUUAAAAUAAUUCAUGACAAAUACCGAGCAAAGAAACCAACUGACCCCAUGGUGCAGAGGGUUCUGAGGGAUUUCCACGAGGCCAAGGAGUCCAACAAGGAAAUAGCCUCUAUGAUCAACAGUGGACUCAUCAUAGAUUUAAAUCCUCUUGAGGUACUCAACUUGUUCAGACGUAUACCUGACGAGGAUGUGCCACUGUUGGGCAUGAAUGUGGAACAGUCUAGACCUGAGGAUCUGAUACUGACGCGCCUGCCCGUGCCGCCGCUGUGUAUCCGACCGAGUGUCGCGUCGGACAUCAAAGCUGGAACUAACGAAGACGACCUGACAAUGAAGCAGUCAGAGAUCCUGCUGAUCAAUGAUGUGAUCGCACGGCACGCGGGCAGCGGCGGCAAGUGCGAGCUGGUGCAGGAGGACUGGGACUACCUGCAGCUGCACGCUGCGCUGUACAUCAACUCCGAACUGUCUGGCAUACCGCUGUCCAUGCAGCCCAAGAAGCCCGGUCGCGGUCUCGUGCAGCGUCUGAAGGGCAAGCAGGGUCGGUUCCGCGGCAACCUGUCUGGCAAGCGCGUGGACUUCUCCAGCCGCACCGUCAUCUCCCCGGACCCCAACCUCCAGAUACAGGAGGUGGGCGUGCCCGUGCACGUCGCCAAGGUUCUAACAUACCCCGAGCGCGCAUUCCCCGCGAACCUGGCGUGGCUGCGCACGCUGGUGGUGAACGGGCCGGACGUGCACCCCGGCGCCAACUACGUGCAGCAGCGCGGCGCCGCCCACAAGCGUUACCUCAAGUACGGCAACCGGGAGAAAAUCGCGCAGGAGCUCAAGUGCGGCGACAUAGUGGAGCGCCACCUGGUGGACGGCGACGUGGUGCUGUUCAACCGCCAGCCCUCCCUGCACAAGCUGUCCAUCAUGUGUCACCGCGCGCGAGUACAGCCGCAGCGCACAUUCCGUUUUAACGAGUGCGUGUGCACACCGUACAACGCGGACUUCGACGGCGACGAGAUGAACAUGCACCUGCCGCAGACCGAAGAGGCGCGUGCCGAGGCGCUCAUACUUAUGGGGAACAAAUCGAACCUGGUAACGCCGCGCAAUGGCGAGCUGCUGAUCGCGGCGACGCAGGACUUCAUCACGGGCGGCUACCUGCUGACUCAGCGCGACACGUUCCUCACGUGUGGCGAGGCGCAGCAGCUGGCCGCGUGCCUGCUCGCCGGACCCGACGCCGCCAUGCGCGUCGACAUGCCUCCGCCCGCUAUACUCAAGCCGCGCAUGUUGUGGACCGGCAAGCAGAUAUUCAGUCUAAUCAUGAAGCCGAACAGCCGGUGUGAGGUGAAGGCGAAUCUGGAGACCAAGGGCAAGAACUACACCGGCAACAAGGACAUGUGCGUGCAGGACUCCUACGUAAUAAUCCGCAACUCGGAGCUGGUGUGCGGGUCGAUGGACAAGAGCACGCUGGGCUCGGGCACCAAGACCAGCAUCUUCUACAUCCUGCUGCGGGACUGGAGCGAGGAGUACGCCGUGCGAGCUAUGUGGAGGUUGGCGCGCAUGGCGUCGUACUACAUGAUGAACCGCGGGUUCAGCUUCGGCAUCAGUGACGUCACGCCCGGCCGACGACUCAUCGACGCCAAGAACAAGCUGCUCGACGCCGGGUACUCGAAAUGCGACGGCUACAUCCUGGAGAUGGAGAAGGGCACGCUGCAGUGCCAGCCCGGCUGCACCGUCGAGGAGACGCUCGAGGCCGUCAUGCUCAGCGAGCUCAGCAGCAUCAGAGAGUUGGCGGCCAAGGCGUGCUUUAGGGAGCUACAUCCUACCAACGCGCCGCUUAUCAUGGCGCAAAGCGGAUCUAAAGGGUCGAACAUCAAUAUAUCUCAGAUGAUCGCGUGCGUGGGACAACAGGCGCUCAACGGCAAGCGCGUGCCCAACGGCUUCGAGGACCGCUCGCUGCCGCACUUCGAGCGCCACUCCAAAAUCCCUGCUGCACGUGGUUUCGUAGAGAACAGCUUUUACACGGGUUUGACGCCCACGGAGUUCUUUUUCCACACGAUGGGCGGGCGCGAGGGGCUCGUCGACACCGCCGUCAAGACUGCCGAGACCGGAUACCUGCAGCGCCGACUUGUCAAGUCUCUGGAGGAUCUGGUGCUCCACUACGACAUGACGGUCCGCAACGCGACGGGCGACGUGGUGCAGUUCCGGUACGGCAGCGACGGGCUGGACCCCAGCUACAUGGAGGGCCGCGACCGCCCCGUCGACCACGCCCGCGUGCUAGACGACGUGCGCGCCCGCUGCCCCGCCCGAGACGAGGAACCGCUAGAUGGAGACGGAAUCAUAGUGGCCGCCGAGGAAACUCUGGCCCUGGAUGACUUUAAGACCUGCACCGAAGAAUUUAAAGCCGAGUUACUAAUGUUCCUAAAGACAGUGGCGGCUCGCGUACGCACGGCGCGAGCGCGGUACGCAGGGUGCGGGCGCGUGGGGGCGGCGGUGGAGCGCGUGACGCUGUCGCAGUUGGUGCGGUUCGUCCGCGCGACGCACGACAAGUUCCAGCGCGCCGUCAUCGAGCCCGGCACCGCUGUGGGCGCGCUCGCUGCACAGAGUAUCGGCGAGCCGGGCACGCAGAUGACGCUGAAGACGUUCCACUUCGCGGGCGUGGCGUCCAUGAACAUAACGCAGGGCGUGCCGCGAGUCAAGGAGAUCAUCAACGCCUCCCGACACAUCUCCACGCCUAUCAUCACCGCCGAGCUCAUGCGCCCCGACGACCAGGAGUUCGCCAGACGCGUCAAGGGCAGAAUAGAGAAGACCACGCUCGGGGAGAUAACGACAUACAUCGAGGAGGUGUACCUGCCGCACGAGUGCUUCCUGCUGGUGCGGCUGGACGCCGAGCGCGUGCGCCUGCUCUGUCUAGAGGUCAACGUGCAUACUAUAGUCUACUCGAUUGUGACGUCGAAGCUGAAGGUGAAGGCGGGCGACGUGAGCGUGGUAUCGGAGUGGGCGUUCAAGGUGCGUGCGGACGGCGGCGCGAGCACGGCGGCCGCGGGGGCGUGGCAUAACGUCGCGCUGCAGCGGCUGGCGCGCGCGCUACCCUCGCUCGUAGUAAAGGGCUUACCAAAGGUUUCGCGGGCGGUUAUCGCGUGUGAUGACACCACUUCUAAACCCAGGUAUAAAUUGUGCGUAGAAGGCGACGGGCUGAGAGACGUGAUGGCGACGUACGGCGUUGACGGAAGGAAGUGCACGUCUAAUAAUAUCUUGGAGGUAUACCAGACUCUCGGCAUCGAGGCGGCGCUGGGCACGAUAAUGUCGGAGGUGGAGGCGGUGAUGGCGGGGCACGGCAUGAGCGUGGACCGGCGGCACGUGGCGCUGCUCGCGGCGCAGAUGUGCGCGCGCGGCGAGGUGCUCGGCAUCACGCGAUACGGCCUCGCACGCAUGAAGGAGUCCGUGCUUAACUUGGCCAGCUUCGAGAAGACGGCGGACCACCUGUUCGACGCGGCGUACUACGGCCAGCGGGACCGCAUAGAGGGCGUGUCGGAGUGCAUCAUCUUGGGCGUGCCCGCCAGCGUGGGCACGGGCGUGCUGCGGCUGCUGCAGCGCCCGCCCCCCGACACCGCGCCCCCACCGCCCCGCCCCCUGCUCUUCGAUCGCCCACAUUUACACCCGUCUGUUUGGGAUUGAGAAGCCGAUAUAAAUGGGAAUGGCAAAUUUGGAUUGUGGAGAUAGGGACGUCAUAGAUAGAUUAUAGACAAACAGUUCCCAAAAACAGUUACAACUGUAAGAUUAACUGUUGCUAACACUUGUAUAUACGACUGAUUCGUUAUUUACUUCUUGUUUACUUUAAAUAAUUGUAAGUGCUUUAUUAAAUAUUUUUGUUAAAUAA